GCCCCGGAGCUGCUGCCAGCCCCGCGGCCGGGCCCGGCGGCUCCUCCUGCUCCGUGCGGGGCCGGGCCCAGCCGCUUCGUGCGAUGCCUCUACCUGGUGGGCUUCCUGGACUUCUUUGGUGUAAGUAUGGUUGUGCCUCUGUUAAGCCUUCAUAUCAAGUCUCUAGGAGCAAGUCCAACCGUUGCAGGAGUAGUAGGAUCUUCUUAUGGUUUACUGCAGCUCUUUUCCAGCACGUUUGUGGGCUGCUGGAGUGAUGUAGUAGGAAGACAAUAUUCCCUGCUUGCCUGUAUCCUGUUCAGUGCACUGGGUUAUUUGCUGCUUGGCAUGUCCACCAGUGUGUGUUUAUUUGCCAUUGCAAGGAUACCUGUAGGUAUUUUCAAACACACUCUCUCCAUUUCCAAAGCUCUUCUUUCUGACUUGGUUUCUGAGAAAGAGCGCCCUCUUGUAUUGGGACAUUUCAAUGCAGCCUCCAGUGUUGGUUUCAUCCUGGGUCCUGUGGUUGGUGGCUACUUCACAGAGCUAGAGAGUGGCUUUUACCUAACAUCUUUCAUCUGUUCUUUUAUCUUCAUUCUGAAUGCUGGCCUGGUCUGGAUGUUACCAUGGAGUGAGGAACACACAGAUAGUAAUGAAAACAAACAGACCACCAGUAACAGCAAAGUGACAGCAAAGGCAAACUAUGACCUGCAGGUUCAAUCACUAUCUAAUGGAGCAAUGAAAUAUGAUACUCCCCUCCAGUCCCUGUGGAUUCCAGUUGUGUCAGUGCUGAAGAGGAUUAAAAGCAUUGCAUGCUCUGAUCUGUGGGAUAUAUUUUUAGUACGGUUACUAAUGUCUGUAGCUGUAAUGCUGUAUUAUAGCAAUUUUGUUCUGGCAAUUGAAGAGAGAUUUGGGGUGAAACCUAAGCUCACAGGGUACCUCAUAAGCUAUAGUAGCACCCUUGGAGCACUUGCUGGUUUUUUACUUGGACCAAUAACAAGACUCUAUCAACAUAACACUUAUGCACUUUUAUUACAUUCCACUGUUUUCACCUGUGUAUUGAUAAUGCUAUAUUCCACAGCAUUCAGCAUAUGGACAGUCAUUUUAUCGUCAACAUUUUUAGCGUUUUCAACCACUGUAGGACGCACUUGCAUCACUGAUCUUGAGUUGACCCUGGGUGGGAAUCAGGCCAGUGGCACGCUGCUAGGAGUUGGCCAGUCUGUGACAUCUGUGGGACGCAUAAUUGCCCCUCUUCUCUCAGGAAUUGCACAGGAGUUCAGUCCCUGUGGCCCUCCAAGUCUUGGUGUGGGGCUGGCACUGGUGGCUAUUCUGAUAAUGCUCAUGAACACACCACGAUAUUGCAGUGGUAGAAAUGCUAAAUUAAAAAGUGAAUAGCAGCUUAUUUGGGACAGGCUGAUGCAUCGUCAAUAAAAUGCAAAGUAAUUCAAAUAACUGGGGAUACGUUAUACUAAAGAAUGGUGAGCACUAAAGAAACCAGUAUUGCAGUAGCAGGCUGUUUUCUAAAAGGAAUGGUACAAGUUCAAGGGGAGGCCAGCCUGACUGAGCCCUCAGAUUCAUACAGACUUAUUUGCUGCAGGAUCAUACGUCAAGACAGGAAUUCUCAGAGCUGUAGUUCAGAGAGAAAUUCUCUUUCGAAGGUGCAGGUAUCAUUUAAAACCUUUUUGUAAAAUGAGCAUUGUUUUUUCUUUGUGCUAAUAAGGUUGAAAUCCCUUCAAGAAAAAUGUUUCUGACUCUGAAUAUAUAAAUGGCUGAUGGAUAAUCCAGUUUGCAACCGCACAUUGAAGCAUGAUGGUAAAACCGAUAAGCUCUUUGACUGAGAGAGACGGACAAAUGAAUUUUUUAUUUAAAGAAGUAAAAUUUAUUAUGUGCACUUGCCAAUAUGAGAAAUUAAGGCUGACCUGGAUAAACCAUUGGCCUCCUGUGACAAUGGCUUGUUGAUAAAUUGGAGGUUCCGUAUAUAACUUGUGAUGCAUGCUCUGCCUAGAAGUUUUCCCAUGCAGCAUAAUUAACCAUUCCCAACUGGCUGGCUGACAUUCUGCUUUCACUCCUCUGUCCCAGCAUUUCUGGUAAACAGAGCUGUGUAUGCUCUAGCACAUGGGUUUCUUUUAUAUAUAAUAUAUAAGGUAUUUUAAGAGAAAAUGCCAUCAUGUAGAAUAAGGGUGAUUGAAGAUGAGACGAUGUAAAUUACAGUGGAAUUUGCACUAGUGGUACCUGGACUAUUAUAAUAAAUAUAAUAGAUGGAGAUAUACCUCAGAACUGGAAGGGACCCUGAAAGGUCAUUGAGUCCAGCCUCCUGCCUUCACUAGCAGAACCAAGUACUGAUUUUGCCCCAGGUCCCUAAGUGGCCCCCUCAAGUAUUCCACCCACAACUCUGGGUUUAGUAGGCCAAUGCUCAAACCACUGAGCUAUCCCUCCCCCCAUUAUUGAACACCUCCAUCUGGCAACCUUCUGUCAUAAGUGAGUAUUUUAAGGAACUCCCAGAACUUCCUGUGCAGUUUUGUUCCAUCUUCAUUUUAAGAAUAACAGCUCCUUCCUGUUCUUUAAAUGGUUGUUUAAGACACAUUUUGGAAAAUCUAGUGAUGUUUUAAAGUGUUUAUUCCAUGUAGGAUUAAUCCAUUAUUCUUCAUCUCUGAAGACAUACAUUUAAAUCCCAAUUUAGGUAACCAGGGAAAAUGUGUUUUUUGGCAGCUUAGUCUUCAUUCUUCUGCAUCCAUUUUAGCAAGCCAAAGCUAAUGAAGGUUGAUGCAGGUAAAGAUUGAAAUGCAUUGACAGACUUAUGGGGAUGGUUUCCAUAGCACUGACCCAUACUAUACCAAGUUCAAGUCAGUGUUACUAGUCUAUCACUUUUCUGAGCAUACAUUUUAUCCACUAGUUUUAAAAAAAGUUUGUUCUUGUAUUGCCUUUUAUCUGAAAGUUUCAUAGCACUUCCCGAUUAAUUAUUUGAUGUAGUAUACAAAGCCGCUCUGCAGAUUUUUUUAAAUUGAAUUUAGCAUAUAUGAUGUGCACAUGCAACACAGAUGGUGUUUUGUAAUUUUGUUUUUAAAUCAACUUUUCCUUCCUUCUUACAGAAUGCCUGUUCUUGUUUGAAAUCUCUGGAAAAAUCCCAGUAAGAGCACAAUGGGAGCAUAUAUUUUAAUUACUUGACAUUUUAUAGGUAGACACAAAGAGACUAGUCUAUAUAUGUGCUUGUUUUCAGGGGAUACCCUUGAUUUCUGUAUGAGAGUUAAGCUUCAUGCAGAAAAUGGAAUCUUCUCAUUUUUAAUGUACUGUAGAUUUCAUCGUUUUUUUUUUUUUUGUGACCUGGGAUUAAGUUUUGCUAUAUGACUUAGGUGCUUAGGAGCCCAAGUCCUAUUGACUUUCUAUUGAGUCUUAGGCACCUAAGUCACUUUUGAAAUUUUUAUCCCUGGUGACCAUUUAAGCAAGAGCCUCAAAACGUCCCCACUAAUUCAUUUGCCCUUUUCCCCUCCACUCAGGAAAGAAACAUCAUUCCCCAGAACAGGGAUCUUUAUCAUAGAAGAUUAGGGCUGGAAGAGACCUCAGGAGGUCAUCUAGUCCAACCCCUUGCUCAAAGCAGGACCAACUCCAACUAAAUCAUCCCAGCCAGGGCUUUAUCAAACCGGACCUUAAAAACCUCUAAGAAUGAGAUUCCACCAUCUCCGUAGGUAACCCAUUCCAGUGCUUCACCACCCUCCUAGAGAAAUAUUUUUUUCUAAUAUCCAACCUAGACCUCCCCCACUGCAACUUGAGACCAUUGCUCCUUGUUCUGACAUUUGCCACCACUGAGAACAGCCUCUUUGGAAAACCCUUUCAGGUAGUUGAAGGCUGCUAUCAAAUCCCCCCUCACUCUUCUCUUCUGCAGACUAAAUAAGCCCAGUUCUCUCAGCCUCUGCUCAUAAGUCAUGUGCCCCAGCCCCCUAAUCAUUUUUGUUGCCCUCCACUGGAUUCUCUCCAAUUUCUCCGCAUCCUUUCUGUAGUUGGAGGCCCAAAACUGGAUGCAGUACUCAAGAUGUGGCCUCACCAGUGCCAAAUAGAGGGGAAUAAUCACUUCCCUUGAUCUGGCAAUGCAUCUACCAAUGUAGCCCAGUAUGCUAUUAGCCUUCUUGGCAAAAGGGCAAACUUUGCUUUGCUGCUGCCACUUGGAAUGAAGUGGAAAUAAAAUAUAGUGGACUGGUAUUUGGAUUUAAUAACUUUGGUCUUCUUACUCAACAACCAACAAAUAGAAAGUCAUUCUAACUUGUGACACUGAUAACAAAAGGAGGGUGGGGAGCUUUCUUAGACCAAAUGCAUGAUGAAAUUAGCUUACACUAGAUUUAACAAUUGUCUUCAUACCACUCUUAGGGGUGACAGGACUCAACACUUCACUUUUUAUGUUUAUGCACAAGCUGAAACACUUUUUGCUUUCCACAACCAAAUUUUAUUUUAUUAUUUUUUAUUAUUAUUUUGCUUUAAUAUAUGAAUGAUUUUUAGUUUGGAAGAUGUAUUGUAUUUUUCUUAUUGUCUAAAUCUGUAUUAUGGAAAAUUAAUAUUUGGAGUGAGAAGCCUGUAAAAGAUGUGGUCUCAGGGACAUACUGUAGCUGAUCCUACUGGACAAAGUGGCUUUUAUUUAUAGCAAAAAGUGAUUUUGAAGUAUUUUAGAAAAGAUUACUCUCUGUAAUGUUAGUUACAAAAAAUGCACUAAAAUUGUUUCUUUUAAAAUGCAAUAAAGUGAAAUGACAUUCCAUUUUA